AUGGUGACGGUGAUGGGGAUCUCAGCCGCCCAUCGCCGCUCGCCCCAAGGACGGUGCAACUACCGGCUGGCCAUGGCGACAACGGGAGGCAGCGCUCACCGGCGCUACUCCCAGCCGGACAUGGCGAUGAAUGGAGGAGGCGCUCGAGCCCAAGGUGGGUUCCACUACAUGUCAGCAAAAUUGGCACUGACAGGCCUUGGUGGCGAGGGAGAGGUUGGGGAUGAGCACAUCGUCGUCAGCGUCUGCAGGUGGUGGUCCGGUGGAUCUUUGGAAUCUGUGAUCCACGCAGCAGCUUCCAAGCGGCGGCGCCUUCUCGCCGUGGCUAUCUUCGGUCACAAGGGUGGCCCUGCUGCGCUCGGCCGACACGGCACGAGCUUCUUCUUCCUCCUUCGGGUGAGGAUCUUCAUCGGCCUCGGUGUGGCGUCCAUCGUUGCAGCUUCCCCAAGUGGUUCUGUCCCCGGCGGAAGCAGCGGCGGCCACGCCGGAGAGUCAACCAUCAUCGGCAUCGACCAAGGACUCGAUCGUGUUUUCGAGUUUUCUUCUGGGGUGUUUGUUGUAAAACUGAGGGACCCUGUUAUCCCCUUCGUCGGGCUGCCGUGUGCUUUGAUGGCUGCUAGGAAUGGUGCAUUCCUACUAUGUCCAAUUCGUGUUGCGGCGUGCCGGUCAAGCCAUGGGCUUGAGUUCGUGGGGUUGUCGUGGUGGCGGUGUUGGUGGUCUUACUCUUCAGUCAUGAGGAUGGCGUGGAGCGAACAGUGGGAGAUCCUAGUGUUGGCUGCGCUUCAGCUUUGGAACUCCCACAUCGUGAUUGCCGUCACGUCGGAAGUGCAGCGUGACUGUGUGACAGACAGUAACCAGAGUCUCCCCGUCGCUGCCAACCACACUCACCACCACCGUGGUCGUGGACUGUUGUGCGGCUGCGCCCAACUCGUCCGUCUCCUCGCCCACAUGCUCCCACCUUCCACACCAAGCAAGCCCCACGCCGACGCCCAGCUCCCCGUCGCAAAACCCCAACUUCGCCGCCGCCGCCGCCCCUGCCACCGGGUCCCGAGCCUCCCCAACUGUCCCACUCCAAUGCGACGGCGGCACCCGCCGCCGUCGCUCCCCAUGGCCGCCCACCUCUCCCAAACCCUACCCACUCUCCUCCUCCUCCUGCUGCUCCUCCUCACCACGGCCGCUCAAGCAUCUGCCGCCGCCGCAGGCGGCGGCGAGCGGGAGGCCCUGCUCAGCUUCAAGGCGGCCGUAACCGCAGACCCAGGCGGGCUGCUCCGCGCCUGGACCCCGACCGCCCCCUCCCACUGCCGCUGGCCAGGCAUCACCUGCAGCCCCUCCGGCUCAGUCAUCUCCCUCACCCUCCCCGCCUCCCCAACCCACCUUCUCUCCGGCACCCUCUCCCCCUCCAUCGCCGCCCUCCGCCGCCUCCGCGUCCUCGCCCUCCCCUCCCACGCGCUCGCGGGCGCGCUGCCGCCCGCGAUCUGGACGCUGCGCCGCCUCCAGACGCUCGACCUCUCCGGCAACCGCCUCCACGGCGAGAUCCCGGCGUCCCUCCCCUGCGCCGCGCUCCACACCCUCGACCUCGCCCACAACGCGCUCAACGGGUCCCUCCCCGCGGCCCUCGGGUCCCUCCCCGGGCUGCGCCGCCUCUCCCUCGCCUCCAACCGGCUCGGCGGCGCCAUCCCCGACGCCCUCGGCGCGCUCCGCGGCCUGCGCCUCCUCGACCUCUCCGGGAACCUCCUCGUCGGCGGCAUCCCCCGGAGCCUCGCCAACUGCACCAACCUCCAAUCACUCGUCCUCUCCUCCAACCUGCUCGACGACGUCAUCCCGCCGGAGAUCGGGCGUCUAUCCAACCUCCGCGCGCUCGACGUGUCCCGGAACAGCUUGAGCGGCCCUAUCCCGCCCGAGCUCGGCGACUGCGCGCAGCUCUCCGUCCUCGUUCUCUCCAACCCCUACAUACUGGCCGACGGUCCUCUGAACACAUCAGACGCCAGCGAUGUGGAGGACUUCAACUACUUCCAGGGCGGGAUACCAGCCGCCAUCGCCGCGCUGCCCAAGCUCCGGGUGCUGUGGGCGCCGAGGGCGACCCUGGAGGGCGAGCUCCCAGCAAACUGGAGCUCCUGCCAGAGCUUGGAGAUGGUGAACCUGGGAGAGAACCUGUUCUCCGGUGGAAUUCCUAAAGCCCUGCAGGACUGCGCGCACCUCAAGUUCUUGAAUUUGAGCUCGAACAAGCUCACCGGCCCGGUCGAUCCAGCCCUGCCUGUGCCGUGCAUGGAUGUGUUUGAUGUCAGCGGGAACCGGCUGUCAGGCUCGAUUCCGGCGUUUCUCUCAAGGGACUGUCCUUCACCUCGGCUCCUCCCGUUUGAUGACUUGGUGUCGGAGUACACCUCCUUCUUUGCAUAUCAGGCGAUCGCCGGCUUCGUUUCGUCUUCGGGAGCCAUGGCUACUGGUCUGACGAGCUACCAUAGCUUUGCCAGGAACAAUUUUACUGGGACCGUGAUAUCGUUGCCGAUUGCUGCCGAGAAGCUGGGGAUGCAGGGGGCCUAUGCUUUCCUGGCUGAUGGGAAUGGUCUUGCCGGCGAGUUGCAACCUGGUCUAUUCGAUAAGUGCAGCAACAGUUCAAGGGGUUUCAUUGUGGAUGUCAGCAACAACCUGAUCACAGGAGGGAUUCCUGCGGAGAUUGGAUCGUUGUGCCGUUCUCUUGUUGUUCUUGGUGUUGCUGGUAACCGCCUUUCUGGUUCCAUACCGGCAAGCAUUGGGCAGUUGGAUUAUCUUAUCAGGUUGGAUUUGAGUAGGAACCAGCUUGGUGGUGAGAUUCCUGCUUCUGUGAAGAAAUUACCGCGUUUGGAGCUCCUCUCUUUAAGCCAUAACCUUCUGAAUGGAACUAUUCCAGAUGAUAUUAAUCAGCUGCACUCUAUUAAGGUUUUGGACCUGUCCUCAAACCUGCUCGCAGGGGAGAUCCCUCGUGCGCUUGCUGACUUGGCAAAUCUAACUGACCUCUUCCUUGAUAAUAACAAACUUACUGGGGAGAUACCAGCGGAAUUGGCUAAUGUGGCAUCUCUUACCAAGUUCAACGUUUCAUUCAACAACUUGUCUGGUCCAGUGCCGACAAAUAGCAGUGCAGUUGGAUGUGACAGCGUUAUUGGGAAUCCUUUGCUACAAUCUUGUCACAUGUAUACCCUGAUGGUUCCUUCUGCUGGUCAGCAGGGCCGUGGUCUGAAUUCAAAUGACAACGACACAGCGCCUGUGGAUGCACAAAAUCAAGGAGACAGCAGUUCGUUCAAUGCAAUUGAAAUAGCUUCGAUAACAUCUGCAACCGCUAUCGUUGCAGUCCUUCUUGCUCUGAUUGUACUGUUUAUUUACACAAGAAAGUGUGUACCCUGUAUGUCAGCUCGAUCAUCUGGAAGAAGAGAAGUUAUAAUCUUCCAAGAAAUCGGGGUGCCGAUCACUUAUGAGACUGUUGUUCGAGCUACCGGAACUUUCAACGCAAGCAAUUGCAUUGGAAGUGGGGGUUUUGGAGCCACUUACAAAGCUGAAAUUUCACCUGGAGUGCUGGUAGCUAUAAAGAGGCUCUCUGUUGGGAGAUUCCAAGGAGCGCAACAGUUCCAUGCUGAGAUCAAAACUCUUGGGAGAUUAAGACAUCCCAAUCUUGUUACCUUGAUAGGUUACCAUCUUGGUGAGUCUGAAAUGUUUCUCAUAUAUAACUACUUGCCUGGAGGAAACCUUGAGAGAUUCAUACAAGAGAGAUCGAAGAGACCGGUAGGCUGGAAGAGGCUGCACAAGAUUGCUCUGGACAUUGCAAAAGCACUUGCGUAUCUGCACGACACUUGUGUUCCUAGGAUCCUUCAUCGUGAUGUGAAACCAAACAAUAUUUUGUUGGACACUAACCAUAAUGCUUACCUCUCAGACUUCGGACUGGCAAGGCUCUUGGGAAAUUCAGAAACCCAUGCGACCACUGGUGUAGCGGGGACUUUUGGUUAUGUUGCUCCAGAGUAUGCUAUGACUUGCCGAGUUUCAGAUAAAGCCGAUGUGUAUAGCUAUGGUGUUGUACUGAUGGAGUUGAUAUCAGACAAGAAGGCCCUGGAUCCAUCAUUUUCUCCUUAUGGUAAUGGGUUUAACAUAGUUGCUUGGGCAUGCAUGCUGCUCCGACAAGGCCGUGGUCGUGAAUUUUUUGUUGAUGGUCUGUGGGAUGUGGGCCCACAUGAUGACUUGAUAGAGGUGCUGCAUUUAGCAGUGAUGUGCACUGUGGAAUCGCUCUCUGUGAGACCAACUAUGAAGCAAGUUGUUCAACGGCUAAAGCAACUUCAGCCUCCAAUACGGGAACACAGAUAAGGGUGCAUGCUUCACAUACUGAACAUUUAGAAGGUACAGAUAGCUGUAACUUGGG